UCAUAUUCCAAUCGAAAGAUGUCACAACCUCGAGUCGUUGAUCCUUUAACCAACCCACCCCAUAGUACUCUAAUAGCUUACCAAAACCACCAUGAAUCUUUCUCCUUCCUCUUCUUCAUCAUCGCCGGUUUCACACCGGUUCCCGAUUCUCUCUCAUCGCCGUCCCUAAUUUUGGCUCCCCUCGUCGCUUUCCGGGAGAUGAAAGCGUCCGUUUCCGCUCUUCACACCGGAGAAGCAAAUACCCUGAGGAGUUAUUAAUUAGGGUUUUCGUUUGAGUGGCGAAUUAUCCUUCACGGAUUUGGAGCUUUCGUCCUAUUAUGGCGGAAGAGAAUCGCAAGGAUCGAGGCGUUUCGUCUGAAGUCGCGAUUCCUUCCGGUUUGAACCGGAUCAGGACUCGGUUAGCUCCGUCAGGUCCGAGACCCGAUGAUUCCGCCGAUACCACCGUGACGAAGCCUCCUUUUAACCGUAAGCAGAAAAGUAUUGUUCCUCGUGGACAUGGCAAAACCUCUUCGAAGCAAGAGCAUAAAGGAAAAAGGUUGUCGAGGUGGCUUGCUUCAUAUAAACCCAAGCAUUCAAUUCCAAAAGAUGGUUGCUCGAGUAGUGAGGAUGUGAACUUAAAAGUCAAGAACUCUCGUAAGGAUGAGGAGAGGAUGGUCAAGAAUUCUGAAACUAACCUUUCCACUUGCAAGGUGUCAAUGGGUAUAAAGAGCUUUUCACAUGAAUUAGGGCCAAGGGGUGGUGUUCAAACUCCUAACCCUCGUCCACACAGCUACAACGAUCUGAAGGAACUUCUUGGCUCACUUCACUCAAGAUUUGACGUUGCUAAGGAGAUUGUGGAUAAGAAGCUGGAUGACUUUGUCAUAGAUGUGGAAGACGCUAUGGAGAAAAUGGAUCCAUCAUGUCCUGAAGAUCGAGAAAUGGCAGAUGAGUUACUUAAGUUGGCUCAAGACUGUAUAGAGAUGACAUCUGCACAACUUCGUGCUACUUGUGAAUCCAUUGUCCAGGACUUAACGAGGAAAAGGAAACAGUGCCAAGCAGGACUUGUGAAGUGGUUGUUUUCUCAGUUGCUUUUUAUAUUGACUCAUUGUACAAGAGUUGUGAUGUUUCAGAAGGAGACUGAGCCAAUUGAUGAGAAUUCCUUCCGCAAAUUUAAGGAAUGUUUAGAAAGCAUCCCUGCUCUGGAAACUAAUUGGGUUUCGAAUUCCAGAGUUGGUGAUUCCGGUUCUGGUUAUCCCAAGUAUCAAAGGAAUGAAGCUGGGAAAAAGUUCAAGAGACGGGACAAAGAAUCUUUGGAGUCAGAGACAAGUUUCGGUUUUGGGAUACCAGAUGAUCAUAGCAAUAAUACUGCCAGAGAAGGUUAUGCAGCUCCUAAACAGGAAUUUCCAUCUCAGAAACCCCAAUUUGAUAGUAAAGUGGUCGAACAAGGGUUUUAUUCAAGUGACGAGCAUCAAGAUAAGAUGCCAAAUGAGCUUGGAAAAUAUUUUGGUGGCUCUGAUUUUGUAAUCUGCCGGAUAUGUGAGGAAGAAGUUACCCUCUUCCAUCUGGAACCGCAUUCUUACAUAUGUGCAUAUGCAGAUACAUGUGAAAUAAAUUGUUUGGAUAUUGAUGAGCGCCUUUUGAAACUUGAAGAGAUACUUGAACAGAUAAUUGAUUCACGGAGCUUAAAUUCCUUUACUCAAGCUAGUGGCCUGGAAAACUCAGUUUCGCAGAAAUCUGGAGUUGCAUCGGAAGGCUGUUCUCCCAAGGUCAAUGAAUGGCGGAAUAAAGGUGUUGAAGGAAUGUUUGAGGAUCUGCAUGAGAUGGACACUGCCUUCAUAGACGAGUCUUACACAUAUCCUAUUAACCUGAAGAGCCAUAUAGGGGCCAAAUUUUGCCAUCAUGGCACUUCAUCGUCAACUGGUAGCAUCACGUCAGUAUCUUCAACAAAUACCCCCAGAACAAGCCACUUUGACUCGUAUUGGCUAGAGCGGCAUAGUCCAGAACAAGAGGAUCUUCAACUGAUGAUGGACCUUUCUGAUAUUGCUCGCUGUGGAGCAAGCACAGAUCUAUCGAAAGAGGGGUCUUGUGACUAUCUGCUUGCCUGCAUGCAAGACAUACAAGCUGUCUUGAAGCAGAGCAAGCUCAAAGCACUUGUUAUAGAUACUUUUGGGGGGAGGAUCGAGAAACUUCUGUGCGAGAAAUAUAUAUACGCUUGUGAAUUGAUUUCUGAUAAAAGUUCAACGGGCAACGGAAAAGAGAAUGAAACUGUCUUGGAGCAUGCAUCGCAAGGUUCCUCAGUGGCUACUCCGCACUUGCUGCAGAAAGAUAGGACAAGCAUCGAUGACUUUGAGAUCAUCAAACCAAUAAGCAGAGGUGCCUUUGGUAAGGUCUUUCUUGCACGCAAAAGAACAACAGGGGACUUUUUUGCAAUAAAGGUACUCAAGAAGUUGGAUAUGAUAAGAAAAAACGAUAUCGAGCGGAUUCUGGAAGAGCGAAAUAUAUUAAUUACUGUCAGAUACCCGUUUGUGGUUCGAUUUUAUUAUUCAUUCACCUGCAGUGAUAACCUUUACUUGGUAAUGGAAUAUCUUAAUGGCGGGGAUCUAUACUCUCUGCUUCAGAAAGUUGGCUGUCUUGAUGAGGACAUUGCUCGUAUAUACAUUGCAGAACUGGUUCUUGCAUUGGAGUACCUCCAUUCUCUGAAAAUCGUGCAUCGUGAUUUAAAGCCUGAUAAUCUGUUAAUAGCCUACAAUGGGCACAUCAAGCUGACAGAUUUUGGACUGUCAAAGAUCGGUCUUAUAAACAACACAAUUGAUUUAUCUGGCCCUGAGUCAAAUGCAUCCCCAAGAAGAAAUUCUUAUCAUUCUCAAAAGAGCCAAGAAGAAGAAAGAAUUCGGCAUUCAGCUGUUGGGACACCUGACUACUUGGCGCCAGAGAUUCUUCUUGGAACUGAACACGGUUAUGCUGCAGAUUGGUGGUCUGUGGGAAUCAUCUUGUUUGAACUGAUAACUGGAAUUCCACCUUUUACAGCAGCUCGCCCAGAGAUAAUAUUUGACAACAUCCUCAACGGGAAAAUGCCCUGGCCAGAUGUGCCUGGUGAAAUGUCAUAUGAAGCUCAGGAUUUGAUUAACAGGUUUCUUGUCCAUGAGCCAGAAAAGCGACUGGGGGCGAAUGGGGCUGCAGAGGUAAAGUCACAUCCCUUUUUCGAAGGAGUUGACUGGGAGAAUCUUGCUUUGCAAAAGGCUGCUUUUGUACCUCAGCCUGAGAGUAUAGAUGACACAAGCUAUUUCGUAUCACGGUUCAGUGAAAGGAGUUGCAGCGACUCUGAAACUGACAACAACAGCGAGUCAGAUCCAAAUUCAGGAGACGAGUUGGAUGAAUGCACCAACCUGGCCAAGUUUGAUUCUCCACCUUAUUAUCUCUCUCUCAUUAACUUUUCUUUCAAGAAUUUGUCACAAUUGGCUUCAAUCAAUCAUGAUGUGCUAUUGCAAAAGGAUCCAGCCAAAGGAGGAGGAGGAGGCUCACCUUUUAAUAGCCAUGGAACGUAGAGCGUUGCUACAACCGUCAAAGCUGGCCUUAAUCCGCGGUUUGGUCUGGUUUGCGCCUGCCUUGACUGUUGUAGCUGCUGCUGCUGCGACUACUCUUCCUUCUAUGCUGAUAUUGUUUACCUUAAGGUUUUGGGUAACUUUUUAUGCGGUUGUCAUAAAAUCAUUUGGAAUUGUUUCAAAUGCAAAUCCCAAAACUAGUCGUGUGGCAACAACAAUACACACACAUAGAGCAGAUAUCUAUAAGUACACAUUUGUAUAAGCUUUGUGUAAAUUUGAGGUUGAUGAAAAUAAGAGGCUUGGUUACUUUAUGGGCAUCCCACUUCCUUAGCUCUUCGGUUUAAUCAAAGAGAACUCAUGUUGAAUUGGACAAGAUUAAAAGGUUACAAAGCAAGCGAACACACAAACACAAGUCCAAAAGAUUUAAACAAUAAUCACAGAUUCACAGCACUAACUAAAAGUCUUCAAAUGAUGAUUGUUAUUUUCCGGUAAAAUCCUAUAGAAAUCAAACACAAUUACUCCUUUCGGUGGUGGCUCUUGACGAGGACUAUUACUAGUGUUGCCUCUUCUGUGAAUCGGCAAUGUUAUUGUUCAAAAUGGAAUUACUUUGAGAGUUUGUAUUUAAAAUUUAUAAUUUUUCAAUUUAUUACCUAAAUAUUAUAGGAUGCAUUGUCAAUGUUGAUUUUUAUUAUUCAUUUCGUGUUGGACUUUGAACAUGUGUUUUUGCAUUUAUAGUUUUGUUUAAAAUUUUAUUAAAUUUGAUUUAGAACAAUAUAUUAUAUAUUUAAAAAUGUUAGUGAAUUAUAACAUGCGAUAUAUUGAAAAACUAUUUUAAAAUGAUCGAUAUUUUUAUCAACAAAGUUUUGAUAAAAAAUAAUGAUUAAACUAUAAACAUUUCAAAGUCUAUGUAAGUUUUUUUUCUCAACAACCUCAGAGCAUCCGUAAUGGUAAACUUCAUAUUGGAGUUCUGAAGCAUAUUUUAUAUUAAAUAUAUUAUUAAUUUAAGUUAAAAAUUCUAUUAGAUUUUUUUGAGUUUUGAGACUUAUAUUGGAGAGAUUCUAUGAGGUUCUAAAAAAAAUAACUAACAUAACUAACAAAUUAGAUAAUCGCUUUUCACCACUCUCUGAAGAUGGUGAUGCAUCGAAAUCGCUUCUUACUCUCUCAUGGAUUCCUACUAGUUAGAGUUUUGCUUCCAUGACGAUAUCUACAAGAUGAAGUCAGCGAAGCUUCGACCUGCUCCUUCGUCACCCCCAUCUCUCUCACUCUGCAACAAUCUUUGGGAAUAUCACUUCCGUGGGAUCACCUUUCCUGGCGACUCGCUUGGACGUGCAGUGCAUCGUCAUACGACUCCAGAUAGCCAUUAGAGCUACGCCGAGGAUAAUCCCGAACAGAAUCGCAGAAAUCAGAGCCGCCAUUACUGAGCCACCGUUACCGCCGGGAAUAAAUUGACGGUUCGAAUUCCGUUGAGACGCAUCAGAGCCAGAAAUGGCGAAUUUGCAGUCGGUUUGAGGUGAAAGCGUGAUUAGUGAUAGAGAAUUUGAGAGGAACGACAAAGGAAGAAGAACUAGAGGUGGUGAAUCCAAGAGAGAGGAGAACGAAGAAGAAGAAGACAAGAGGAAGAAGAGAAAACAUUGGUUUUUGAUAGGUUAUUGGUGCCGUUAACCUUCAUGAGGAAGAAGCAGAGAUCGAGAGGGAGAAGAGCUCGAGUGGAGAAAGAAGCUGAAAGUGGCUAGAAGUGGUGAAGAAGAGCUGAAGGCAGGGGAAGUCUCUG